AUGUCGUCCUUUUUCACAGUACCAGGCGCGCAGAAGAAGCGCAAGCGCCCCGAGGCUUCAGAGCAACCAAAAAAGAGAGUUGCUGCUUCGAAAUCUGCUGGAAAGGCACCUUCGAAGAAUGCCGGCCCCACCAAAAAGCGAGUCGAGCGAGACGACGAGUCUAUCUCUGGAAGCGACUCAGACGACGAUGGAAGCCUCGACAGCGCAUCCGUCGCCAGCGAUGCUGAAAUGGAGGACAACGAGUCCGAUGAUGAGGAGGGCGAGACCGCUGCGGAGAGGAGAUUGCGACUAGCAGAGCGAUAUCUCGAGAACGUCAAGGAGCACGUGGACGAAGCUGGUUUCGACGCCGCCGACAUUGACCGAGAUUUGAUCGCCGAGCGACUUCAGGAGGAUGUAGCAGAGGGAAAGGGUAGAGUAUACCGUCAAUUGGCCUCGGAAUUCGCUUUUGACAACGUCUCGCGCACCUUCUUCCGAAGCAACACCAACGCCGUAACCGCCAUCGCCGUAUGCGACCCAUACAUCUACACCACCACCAAAGACUUAUACCUACACAAAUGGAAGGCGCAAGACCUCCCUCAAUACCAAUACCCACAGACAACACGACGAAAGCCCAAGAAGCCACCGGCGCCCCCGAAGAAGCAGCCGUCCUUGGAAGCCUGGGUGAAGGGCGACACAAGAAAGUCAAAGGAUAAAAACUACCAGCGUCACACUGACCGCAUCCUCGCUGUCGCAGCCUCUCCUGAUGGUAAUUAUGUAGCCACUGGAGGUGCAGACAACAAGCUCAUUAUCUACGACGCCCAUACCCUCAAGCCUAUCAAGGUCUGGACACAUCACCGAGACUCCGUUACUGGACUGGUCUUUCGCAGGGGGACGAAUCAGCUGUACUCUUGUUCCAAGGAUCGUACAGUCAAGGUCUGGAGUCUGGACGAGAUGGCUUAUGUCGAGUCGCUAUUUGGCCAUCAAGAUGAAAUCCUUGACGUCGAUGCUCUCGCGCAAGAACGCUGUGUCAGUGUUGGCGCCCGAGACCGUACUGCGCGUUUGUGGAAGGUCGCCGAAGAGACACAGCUUGUCUUCCGCGGUGGUGCUGUCGACAAGAAGUCUCGACCAAGCGGCGUGAAUGCGCGCUCCAUGCUCCAUGAGGGUAGCAUGGAUCGUGUCGCCAUGAUUGACGAUGAUUUGUUUGUGACUGGUUCUGACAAUGGCGCACUUGCACUGUGGAGUGUCCAGAAGAAGAAGCCUGUGUACAUUGAGCCCAUCGCGCAUGGUAUCGACCCAGCCCUGGAUCCCAAGGAGGCAUCGGCCGAGCAGGACCCCGAUCCUGAGGUCGUACCACACCCCACACCCCGCUGGAUUACCGCCAUCCGAACCAUUCCUUACUCCGACGUUAUUCUUACUGGUAGCUGGGAUGGCCACAUCCGAGUCUGGCAACUCAGCGAGGACAAGCGCAAGAUUGAGUUCCGCGGAGUUCUCUCCAAGCCUGAAGACCAAGAAAAUGAGUCGAUGGAGGAGAGCGCCCAGGGCCCAAUCAACGGCAUUGUCAACGAUAUCGAUCUUUUUGAGCGCGGCGAUAGAGGCAAAGACGGUCUUUGCGUGGUUGUGGCUGUUGGAAAGGAACACCGACUAGGCAGAUGGAACCCACCAGCAAAGAUCGGGCGCAACGGAGGCGUCGUGUUUGAGAUCCCGCGGAUACAACGGCAGAUGGUGGUGAAUGGCACGAACGAGAGCUCAGACGCCGAGCAAGAUGAAUGA